AUGACUCCUGCAAUUGAUCGCAUCCACGAGAAUGCCAACACCAUCUUCCGUCAAAUGGCAGAUCUCAUUGAACACCUCCUGGGACAAGCGCUACAGUUGGAUGCUGCCGAUCCCCAACAUGUUGACAUUGCGCUGAAAAUGGCUAAUGCAGUGUCCCAUAUAUUUACAGUCUACGCGCUGCAGGUGACAUCAGUGCCACCAAUAGUGCUCUCUGCUGCUGCUGAAUUGCACGAGCACAUCAAUUCCUCGUCCCGCUCAGUGGUCACCACCCCCAGUUGGACCAAGAUUAGGCCCAAUGAUCCACGCAGCCGACACAGCCCCCUCUAUCCUCUCAGUAUUGGCUAUGGGGAGCCUCGACAACCGUCACCUCCUGCUGCCGGUCCUUCCCAACCCAACGCCGUCCAUUCCCGGGACACUGAUGUUCCGGCAGGCAAGGGCAAGGGCAAAGAAACAGCCCAGCCUGAAGGUGAGGAAGAUCGUGGCCGGGGCAGGGAACGCAAGCGUCCACGCCCAAGGGCAAUGAGCAUAAGCUCAAAAAGCCAAAGUCGGCCUCCAAAGGCCAAGCGUCAGCGCCAGCGGCCACUGUCCAAGGCAGUCAUCAGCAGUGAGGAUGAAGAGGAGCUUGAUGCCACGCCGGUUCCCCAGAUGACGCCGGUUCCCAUUAACAUGGUGUACAAGCCUGGUCAACUGACCUCUCGCCGCGAACGCCGCCUGUCUGCGGCGAAGUUGGUCGUCGCCAGCGACAAUGAAAGUGACGCCGAGGAGACGCCGAAGGAGAUUGGUCCCACGCCCAAGAGUGGGACUGCAUAUGUUGAGGUACCACCUGCCCCAAAGCCUGCAAAGGCUCCCACAACCAGCGCCGUUGUGCUCGCAGAGGAUGACCAUGCCAACAAGAGGUCCCCGGUUUGGGACCCAGGCUGUGGCACAUGCGUCCAGCGGGAUUUUACAUAUAUGCCUGCCAAGGCUACAAUACCGCGGGUGGAGAGCUGGCUGUCGAAACAGAAAUGUGGCGGCAAAGGUUCUGCUGCCCCAAACAAGGGAAAGAAGUCCACGAUACAGAUGUACCUGCAGAAGAUAUGGACUCUGCCCUGCCGGCCACAACCUCAGGAGCACCUGUACUUGGCACCUGUCCCUCCUUCCACCGGCACCACCAUUCUUAUCGCCAAGUCCUCCACUACCGCAACCGCAACCGACACUAGCGCCGACACCCAGGAAUCUGUCCUUGCCCUCAAGAAGGAAUUGGACUUGCUGAAGGCCAUGGUUGCUGGCUUAGUGGAGAAGGUUGGUUCUGGGGAGAAGCUUUUGCAGCACUCCAACGACCGAUUGGCCGAGCAAGAGGCUCAUUUGAACCUCCUUGCCGAGCAGUUGGAUGAUCUUCGCCGCGAGUUGCGUCCACCAACACUCCCAUCGCCUGCUGAGGUUUCUCUGCCUGGCAACACCGUUAAUGGAGAGCAAGAGGAACCUGCUGAGUCGGUAUCGGUGACAGCGGCGCCAGGAGAAGAAGAGGAACCUGCUGAGACGGUGUCGGUCACAUCACCCACUGGAGAGCAAGAGCAAUCUGCGGAGUCGGGAUCUUUGACAUCAGUCCCUAUGAGUGUUGGAGAGCAAGAGGAAUCUGCGGAUGUAACAUCAGCUACACCAGAGUAA